AUGCGAAGAUUUCUCCGAAUGGCUGCGGAUGGAACGGAUAACCUGCGCUGGAGCAAGGUUGCUUUGGCCAAAGAAGUUUUGGCUGAAUUGCCGUCCCAGAUGAUGGACUACUUCGAACGAAGUCGACUUGCACCGUCCCAUACCGUACCAGGUCAACCCAGACUUCUACGUGAUUUGGCUGAUCCCCUGUGGUGGCGUCAGUUUACCCAACCAUUCAAUACGCCUGGUACAACAGAACAUAGCGUUUCCGUAGACCAGAAAGACCCAUCAAUCGAUCAAGGCCGUGGACCAGAAGAAUCGGAUGCAGAUCAUUCGUCUUAUAGAUCCUCCACCAGCAGUUCCUUUCAGUCACCUGCUGCACAAGCAAAACUCCCACCAGAUGCGGAUCCUAACAGCAGGCUGAGUUCUAACGUUCAUUUGGCGACCGUACGAUGUGCAAGUGCCAGUUUAAAUAGUGAUCAAUCAGGUACCUCCAGAGCCACUUCUCGUAUGGCAAGUGUCAAAGGUGACGACAUCAAUUUGAAUCAAAUAGAUCGACCUAAUCCAUUCCCCCAUAUGCGACGUCAAAUGUCCCUGGGUCCAGCAUUUCACUCAUCCUCCGGCGGGCGAAAAUUGCCGGGUGUUUAUGAUCAGGUACCUCGGAAGCCCAGCACAUCCGACCAAUGA